AUGGAUCGCGAGCAAUUCAGGGUCGCUGCGCAUGCGGCGAUCGACGAAAUCAUCGACUACUUCGACGGUCUCCCCUCCCAGCGCGUGGUUCCAACCAUUGAACCAGGUUACCUUCGCCCAUUGAUUCCCGAGAACCCUCCGGAAGAGCCAGAGCAAUGGUCCCAAAUCCAGGCAGACAUUGAAACGAAAAUUAAGCCCGGCCUGACUCACUGGCAAUCUCCCAACUUCAUGGCUUUCUUCCCCGCGGGUGUGACGUACCCCAGCAUCUUGGGUGAGAUGUACUCAGCCGCUUUCACCGCCCCUGCUUUCAACUGGCUCUGUUCCCCGGCAUGUACCGAACUGGAGACGAUCGUGAUGGAUUGGAUGGCCAAGGCAUUGGGUCUUCCUGAAUGCUUCUUUAGCAGCUCGGAAAACAAAGGAGGUGGUGUCAUCCAAGUCACUGCUAGCGAUGCAGUCGCAACGGUGAUGAUCGCCGCUCGUGAGAGGAGGGUGCGCGAACAGGCCUUGGCCGAGGGUCUUAAGGACGGAACCGCCGAGUACGAGGAUCGAGUGAUGGAGCUGAGGCCGAGACUGGUGGCACUGGGAAGUAACCAGGCACACAGCAGCACCGCAAAAGGCGCACUGCUUGCUGGAACGAGGUAUCGCAGUGUCACUGCGCGGCUAGAGGACAAUAUGGAAAUGACUGGGCCACGUUUGCGAGAGGUACUCGAGCAGUGCGAUAAGGAUGGGCUCACCCCUUACUACAUCACGCUUGGCAUGGGUACGACCAACACUUGCGCGUUGGAUCGGUUUGCGGAGAUCAAGGCUGUGCUGAAGGAGAAGCCGCAUUGGCAGAGAAUCUGGGUACAUAUUGACGCUGCCUAUGCCGGUGCUGCGCUUGUUGCGGAUGAGUGGCAGUAUAUUGCCAAGGACUUUGCGGAAGGCGUUGACAGUUUCAACAUGAACAUGCACAAGUGGUUGCUUGUGAACUUUGACGCAAGCUGCCUAUAUGUACGCAACCGCUUUGACCUCACAGACGCCCUCGACAUCACUCCUGCCUACUUGCGCAACCCCUACUCCGAGACUGGCCAGGUCAUCGACUACCGCAACUGGUCCAUUUCUCUUGGUCGGCGAUUCCGCGCGUUGAAGAUUUGGUUUGUCAUGCGCAGCUAUGGCCUCAGCGGCAUGAAAGCCUACAUUCGCAAGACCAUUGGACUCGGUAACAUCUUUGCCGACCUGGUGCGCAGCCGAUCGGAUCUAUUUGAGAUCAUCACCAAACCUGCAUUCUGCUUGACUGUCUUCCGAAUCAAAAGCCCGCAACUUCAAUCAAAUAAUGAGUCCCCAGUUCCUCAGAUUGACGAGGCUUCGAACGCUAUAACCAAGGAGGUGUACGAGCUCGUCAACUCCCGGGGUGAGAUCUUCAUCACCUCGUCUGUCAUUGCGGGUAUAUACGCGAUCAGGGUGGUAAGCGCCAACCCUGCGGCCGAGGAGAAGUAUCUCCGGCGCGCUUUUGAGAUUCUGGUCCAAACGACCGAGGAGCUCAGCCCACUCUGGAGACAUGUCGCUGAGAAGCCCAGACGAGUGUUAGUGACAGGGGCCACUGGCUUCAUUGGUGCCCAUGUGGUAGAUAGCCUGUUGGCUCGAGGCAUUGCCGUGCGCGGAGCGACACGGUCAUUGUCGAAGGGCGAGCAGAUGAUAGCUGCUCGGCCGGAACAUGCCUCGAAGCUUGAGUUUGUUCAAAUCGAGGAUUUUUGCAAACUGGGGGUGUUUGACCAUGUCAUGGGAGGGGUUGACGCGGUCGUUCACGUUGCCAGUCCAUUUACCUAUAAUACCACAAACAAUGAGCAGGAGCUCAUCAUCCCCGCCAUCAACGGCGUCAAAUCAAUCCUCGCCGCUUCCGCCAAACCGGGAAGCAGAGUCAAACGAGUGGUAUUGACGUCCUCAUUCGCCUCCGUCAUCGACAUAUCCAAGAACCCAGGGCCGGAUUUCACCUACACCGGCGCCCACUGGAACCCAAUCACUUACGAAGAAAGCGUCGACCCUUUCACCAACGCCGUAACAGCAUACCGAGGCUCGAAGAAGUUUGCUGAGCUCGAAGCCUGGACCUUCGUCGAAAGAGAGAAGCCCGCUUUCGACCUCGUCACUCUCUGUCCUCCAAUGGUGUUCGGGCCUAUCGUACAUCCCGUGGCCAGCGUUGCGCAGCUGAAUGAAUCCAACGCUGUUUUGUGGAGCGUUGCGGCCGGUGCUGAUCCGCUACCUGCUGCGAGAGUAUCUGCCUGGGUUGACGUGAGAGAUCUCGCCGACGUGCAUGUCCAGGCAUUAUUGAUACCGGAAGCUGGCGGGAAGAGAUACGUCCCUGCGUCCGGGGAGCCGUUUUGCUACGAAUAUGCCGCCGAUAUCAUCAAGGAGAAGUUCGAGUGGGCGCGUGCAACAGUGACUACGAACUACGAGGCCGGGAAGAGGCCUGGGCCGACAUACAAGCUAGAUGGGGAGACAGUGGCUCGAGACUUGGGAGUGAAAUACCGCAGCUUUGAGAAGACGGUCGAAGAGCUCGUUAGACAGGUGAAGGAGACAAUCGCAAAGUAA